UGAAAUUAUUGCGUGGGUCUGACGUGAUGAUCCAGGGCGUCCUCUCGCGCGCGCCCGCCACCGACGCGGCGGCGGCAGCGAUGAAGGCCAAGCGGGCGGCGUCGAUCCCCGAGGACGAAGAGAGCGCGCGGGGGAAGCGUCUGCAGCUGCACGACUGUACCACCGAGCAGGGGCCGGGAUCGGCGGUGGCCGCGCGGGAGCGGGUGGUGGCGGAGGCCGCCGAGACGCGCGGGCUGCGGCUGCUGAGCCUGCUGCUCCGGUGCGCGGAGGCGGUGGCGGCGGACCAGCUCCCGGAGGCGCGGGACAUGCUGCAGGAGAUCGCGGAGCUGGCGUCCCCGUUCGGGUCCUCCCCGGAGCGCGUCGCGGCCUACUUCGGGGACGCGCUGUGCGCGCGCGUGCUGAGCUCCUACCUGGGCGCCUACUCGCCGCUUCUCGCGGCCAGCCCGCUGGCCGCCGCGCAGAGCCGCCGCGUCUCCUCGGCCUUCCAGGCCUACAACGCGCUCUCGCCGCUCGUCAAGUUCUCGCACUUCACCGCCAACAAGGCCAUCCUGCAGGCGCUCGACGGCGAGGACCGCGUGCACGUCGUCGACCUCGACAUCAUGCAGGGGCUGCAGUGGCCGGGCCUCUUCCACAUGCUGGCCUCCCGCCCCUGCAGGCCGCUCUCGCUCCGCGUCACCGGCCUCGGCGCCUCGCUCGACGUCCUCCAUGCCACCGGCCGCCGCCUCGCCGACUUCGCGGCCUCCCUCGGCCUGCCGUUCGAGUUCCACCCCAUCGAGGGGAAGAUCGGCCACGUCGCCGACGCCGCCGCCCUCCUCGGCCCACGCGGCCACCCUCACCACCUAGAAGCCACCGUCGUGUACUGGAUGCACCACUGCCUCUACGACGUGACCGGCUCCGACGCCGGCACGGUGCGCCUGCUCAAGAGCCUGCGCCCGAAGCUGGUCACCAUCGUGGAGCAGGACCUGGGCCACAGCGGCGACUUCCUCGGCCGGUUCGUCGAGGCGCUGCACUACUACUCGGCGCUGUUCGACGCGCUGGGCGACGGCGCCAGCGCGGGCGCCACGGAGGAGGAGCGGUACGCCGUGGAGAGGCUGCUCCUGGGAGCGGAGAUACGGAACAUCGUGGCCGUCGGAGGCCCUAAGCGGACGGGGGAGGUGCGGGUGGAGCGGUGGGGCGACGAGCUGCGGCGCGCCGGGUUCAGGCCGGUGUCCCUCACCGGGGCUCCCGCCGCGCAGGCCAGGCUGCUCCUCGGCAUGUACCCCUGGAAGGGCUACACGCUGGUGGAGGAGGACGGCUGCCUCAAGCUCGGCUGGAAGGACCUCUCGCUGCUCACCGCCUCGUCGUGGGAGCCGACGACAGCGGAAGACGGCCUCGUCGUCCUCGCUGCUGCUGCACGGCAAGAAGGCCAAGAUUCUUGAUCGAUCUUGCAAGCCAUUUUGCUAGCAUUUUGGCCCGUAAUUAAGUCUGUGAAUAAUGGUAUAGACGACUUCAUCGAUCAUUCGUUAUAACUUCAGGUUCA